AUGGAGGGAGCGGACAGCCAUUUCCGUCACCAUGCGGACCCAAGCGCGUUCCCCGACGUAAUGAAUGACCCGGCUUACGACGAAAGGGAAAAGGGUUUCGACGAUUUGGAUACAUGUCGGAUAUGCCAUGGCGAGGCAACGGACGAGGAACCACUGUUCUACCCAUGCAAGUGCAGCGGUAGUAUCAAGUUUGUACACCAAGUCUGCCUGGUAGAAUGGUUGUCACACUCACAGAAGAAACACUGCGAGCUGUGCAAAACACCGUUCCGUUUUACGAAGCUUUACGACCCGAACAUGCCCCAGAGCCUCCCCGCACCGUUGUUUUUAAAGCAAGCUUUAAUUCAAUGUUUCCGGACAUUGUUGACAUGGAUGCGAUUCUUCCUCGUUGCUUUUGUUUGGCUAGGCUGGCUACCAUGGUCCAUGCGCGCAAUCUGGCGAGCACUGUUCUGGCUUGCGGAUGGUCGCUGGUCCGCGACUGAACAGGCUCGGAGCCAGGCUGCCCAAGUUGCUAAAGAAGGGCUGGGACAGCUGGCCUCGAAUGGGAGUGCCAAUGCCGCCGUAGUCAACUCGAUCUCUUCCACGAUUGUCAGUGCCGCAAGUUCAUCCGCAACUCCGGCACCGUCUACAUCAUCAAUUCUCAGCCUUGCUUCCGGCGAGCCACUAAUGCUCACUGUGAUAAAGAAGCUGGUUCCAUCUUUAUUCAUGCCCGCAUUCACUUCCACUGUUGGACAAGGCAGCGCAGAGAUGAGCUCUACGGCCAGCGCAACUAAACCACGCUACCCCUCAUGGCUUUCGGAUGUAAAAUUCUUGACCACCUUGACGCCAUAUCCCACAAUUAAUAACAUGAUCAUCGACACAUUGGAAGGCCAGCUGAUAACACUCCUUGUGGUCGUUGCCUUCAUCCUACUCUUCCUCAUCCGGGAGUGGGUUGUUCAGCAGCAGCCCAUGGUUAAUAUAGCAGAAGGAGAGCGCGAGGCAGCCCUUCAGCUAAUUGCCAAUGCCAACAACCGCAUCAAUGAGCGGUUCAACGAAGAAGGUGGCUUUGGUGAACCGGCACCCCUUCCCGUGCAACCGGAAAAUCAGGUUAACGAUGCACACGCUGAGGCUCAUGAGCUGGACGAUGAACAUUUGCCUGGUUAUGGCCCCCACUCUCCAGCUCCGUCGUGGACCGACUCCGAGGAAGGCCUUGGCUUUGAGACAGAUCCGAGAGAGCAUCCCUUUGACCACGGAGACGAAUCAGAUGGCUCUGCUCCAACGGCUCGGGCUCUGGCCUUCCGAGAUCUCGUGGCUCGUACUCAUGGUGAUCAUGACGAGAUGUUGCGUAUCCUUCGGGAAGAGGCCCAUGGAGACGAUCUCGACUGGAUCGUAAACGCCAUGACCGGAGCUACGAUUGACCGGGGCACAGAGGCAGGGCCAUCAAACCAACCCCAGCCUCAUGACGCAGACGAUGGAUUCGACGCUCUCGAUACCGGAGAGGGAAGUGCCAACGCCCAUCAUGAGACCGAACUAGCCCAAGCGGAAAACCAAGCGCCAACUGAUGGACAAGCCACACCUGUUGUCAAUGAGCAACCAGUUGAACGUCCUCCGCAAGCUAUCACAGAGCGAAUCAUUGAUUGGUUCUGGGGUGACAUCACACGCACGGAGCGGGACACAGAGGAACCAGUACCCGAAGACGAGGAACACAUUGUUCAAGACCCGGCUUUGGAAGACCCAUUCGUACCUUUGCCAAACCGAGUAGUAGACGAGCCAGCUGAUGCCGCAGCUGACGCUGUAGCAGCCGCAGAGGCUGGCCUGGAUCCCAACGACGUGGAGGCAGCUGACGGCGAUGAUUUCGAAGGGAUCAUGGAUCUCAUCGGCAUGCAAGGUCCCAUCUUUGGGCUGUUCCAGAAUGGUGUUUUCUGUGCCCUUCUGAUUGCCUUUACAGUAGCCAUCGGUAUUUGGCUUCCUUAUCUUUGGGGGAAAAUUGCCCUCGUUUUGCUCGCCAAUCCUUUGGAACUCCUCGUUGGUGUUCCUAUCACCGCAGUGGAAGUCGUUGCUGAUGUUGUCCUUGAUACACUUAUCGGUGUCGUGGGCUACUUGAUGUACUGGUUCAGUUUUGUUUUCAAGAUUCUACUGAGUCCCCUCGGCGGUCUUGUGCCUCUCGGUGAAUGGAUUCCCCAAGACAACUCGCUCACCAGUGCAUCACUUUCCCUCAUUGAUGCUAGCAGCCGCCGGCUCAACAAGGUCCUCAAAGCAAUCCUGGUCUUCCACGAAUCUGAUAUUCCCAUGUUCUCGGUCCUUUCUCACCAGGCUCUCAAGUUACAUCAGGCUCGCCUGAGCGCCGUGGUCCAUUCCAUCUAUGCCACUGCAAAGUUCAUUUUGCAUGACAUUCCAUUACGGAUCGUGACCCUUGGUGUGCCGGGUGCCUUGACGUUUGAAUUUGAUAUCUCCUAUCUCAAACAUUAUGUCGCUGAAAUCCAACAGCAAUUUGUCGACUUCGCUAACUCGUCGCUUUUCGCCCUUCCAGGCAAGAGGCUGAUGAGUGCAAGUGCCGCUAAAGCUGCUUCGGCGGGAACUUCCGUUGAUUAUGAAUUGGCAGCUUGGGAUUCCAAAGAUCGCGCCAUCGCUAUUUUAAUGGGAUAUGUUCUCGCAUCGAUGGUUGGCCUUCUUUAUCUACGAAUCUCCGGGCUGCUUGCUGGCGCCAACCGCGGACAAAGAAUCGAAGGCGUUGUUGCUGAGGUCCUCAUCCAAGCUGGGGGAGUGAUGAAAGUCAUUCUCAUCAUUGGAAUUGAGAUGAUUGUUUUCCCCCUGUACUGUGGAAGUCUGCUCGAUCUAGCUUUGCUUCCCCUCUUCUCUGAAGCUACGGUGGUCUCUCGCCUUGCCUUCACGGCUUCGUCUCCUCUCACGUCACUUUUCGUACACUGGUUCGUUGGUACUUGCUACAUGUUCCACUUUGCCUUGUUUGUUUCCAUGUGCCGAAAGAUCCUGAGAAGUGGCGUUCUUUAUUUCAUCCGUGAUCCUGAUGACCCGACCUUCCACCCAAUCCGGGACGUUCUCGAACGAAAUAUCACUACCCAGCUUCGCAAGAUUGGGUUCAGUGCCCUUGUCUAUGGUGCGCUGGUCAUUGUCUGUCUUGGAGGGGUUGUCUGGGGCUUACAUUUCGCUCUUGAUGACGUUCUUCCCAUUCACUGGUCGGCUAGCGCCCCAAUGCUCGAGUUCCCAGUUGAUCUCUUGUUCUAUAACUUCGUGCUGCCAGUGGUCAUUCAGUCUUUCAAACCCUCGGAUGGAUUGCAUGAGCUGUACGACUGGUGGUUCCACAAAUGUGCUCACUUCCUGCGCCUCAGCAACUUUUUCUUCCCAGAAAGACACAUCGAAGAGGAAGGAUAUCAUGUCCGAAAGAGUUGGUGGGGCGUUCUUUCUAGAAGCAAGGGAGAUUACGAAAAUCCCGUCAUCGGUGCCGAUCAACAAGCUGCAGCCGAACAGGAGAACCGUGAUGCCUAUUUCGUGCGCGAUGGCCGCUACGUCCGAGCACCUGGCUCCGAUCAAGUCCGCAUUCCCAAAGGCAACCGCGUAUUCCUGGAUGUCACAGAGGACAAUCAGCGCGUGGAUGGAAAGCCGGAUCUUGCCGAUGGACUUCACGGUCGAAACAGUAACAUGUUCACCAAAGUUUACGUUCCUCCUUCUUUCCGCACCCGCAUCGCUGCCUUCAUUCUUCUGAUCUGGUUGUUUGCCGCCGCCACUGGAGUAGGUAUCACCAUUGUUCCUCUCAUCAUUGGCCGGAAGAUCAUCGUCUCCUACUCCUCUAGCGAGGCCCCGGUGAAUGAUGUCUAUGCCUUCUCUAGCGGUCUUUGUGUAGUCGGUGCGUUGGCCUAUCUGGCCUACCACUCGCGCACUGCUUUCAAUGCCGCGCGUGCUCAUUCAGGUCUUUACCUUCGAUCUCCCCUCCAAGCCGGGCAAAUCACACUGAAGGCUGUGAUGCACGUUGCUCGGCUUGUUUACAUUGUCACCAUUGGUAUCAUUGUUCUCCCAUCACUCUUCGCCCUUCUUACCGAAUUAUACAUCCUGAUUCCUGCACACACACUGUUCGGCGAUGGACAGUCGCAUGUGGUGCAUGUGGUUCAAGACUGGGCCCUCGGGGUAUUGUAUGUCCAGAUGGCUCUUAAAUUGACCGUGUGGCAGCCUCAUUCUUGGGCCGCUGCUGUGUUUAACGGUAUCACCAGAGAUGGCGUGCUGAAUCCUAGAGCUGGCCUCGCUACUCGGGCUCUGGUCAUCCCCUUCUUCUUGUUUACCGCGGCUGCCGUUUCAUUGCCCCUAUUCUUUGGUGUGAUUGUACGCUGGUCCUUCUUCUAUACCAGCGUCGGAGCGCAGCCUAAUAUCUACCGCUACGCAUAUCCUGCUUCCUUGCUCGUCGUGCUGUCCGUGUGUCUGACUCAUUUACUCCUACGACGAGUGGCAGCAUGGCGCACUACUAUCCGUGAUGAAGUAUACCUUAUCGGUGAACGCUUGCACAAUUUCAGCGAGAAGCGGGCGCGGGAUGUAGGUGUUUCGCGUGUGAUGACGGGAUGA